AUGCUGACCUUCAAGCCCUGGCAGCUGCACGCUGUGAACGACGCUGAGGGUCGGUCGAGCAUGCCGACAACGGUGCUCUACUAUGGCGAUCAACUCGGCCCACGCCCUCUCGUUAUUCUCGACCACAGUAUCGCUCGAUUGGGGCAGUCUGCUACAGCCGUGCUAGAUGCGUGUCAGGAGGCCUCAAAGAAGUACGAAGCAAUGCUCUCCUCGCUUGCGUGGGACUACGGCGCCGUCUACGUCCCGCUGCUGGUGUCCAUUGGCGAAGUCAACGUGAUGGAGCAGUCGUGCCGCCACGUGUGUGCCGUGCUGGAUGCGAUGGAUGUGCAAUGGAGUCAUGUACUGGCGCACUCUUACGGCGCCUUGGUGGCGGCUCGCAUGGCUGCGUCGACUGCGUAUCCACACCGCAUUGGGUCCUUGCUGUUGCUAGACACCCCACUGGUGACGGAGCAGCUCGUGCGCAACACAAAGCAGCGGGAGGAGAUUGCAAAGGCGAGGGAUGACGUCAACGUGCCACAUGCCGAGCUCUCUUUCGCCAUUGAAACGUUGAGGAAUGGCUUGGAGACGACGCUGCCGUACCCGGCAGCCGCGGACAAGUCUCUCUACGAGGAUCACCUCUUCUCCUCUGCCUCUCUCUUCCGGGAAAAAGGCCUGGUGCGAGAUGAGCACCGCUAUGUGCCCGUGCGACACCUCGCUCAAGUGCACCACCCUCUUCAGCUUAUUGUUCCGAUAAAGCAAUCCAUUACGGACGUUGAAAUUCACAAGGAGUUCUUUGGUCUACGAAGGGUGGCUGCCAUCAAGACAGCGGAGAGCCAUGAGGACAUAUUCUCCGCGAAGUGCGCAGACGAGGUGGCAGGUGUGGUGCAGGCGUGGAUGCAGCGGUUUGAGCCGGACGUUGUCAUAAAGCGGCGCUUUGAGAAGGCUGCAAAGGAGAUGGAGGAGCUCAUGGGGGACUGCGCGUCGCUUGGCGAGAAGAGCAAUGGACGCAUCGCGAAGGGGUCAGAGAAGAAGGAAAAGAAGAAGCUCAGGCAGUAG